AUGAGUCAAGUGCAGGGUCAUCUUGAUCCCCGCUUCGAAUCCCUCCGGCCGCUGUUCCAGUCCUUCCUCGACUCGGGCGAAGAACUGGGCGCCUCCAUUGCUGUCAAUCUGAAUGGGGAGAACGUGGUCGACGUCUGGGGCGGGUACGCGGACACGGCCCGCACCCGUCCCUGGGAGAAGGACACCAUCGCCAAUGUCUGGUCGACCGGUAAAACCAUAAUCGGCCUGAUCGGUCUCAUUCUCGCUUCCCAGAAGAAACUCGACCUCGACGAAAGCGUCAGCACGUAUUGGCCCGAAUUCGCCGCGAACGGGAAGCAGUCCGUCAAGGUCCGCCAUGUCAUGUCCCACACCUCCGGAGUCUGUGGCUGGGACACCCCUGUCACGAUUCAAGAGUUGUGUGAGGACUUUGAGGGAGCAGCAGCGAAGCUGGCGGCGCAAGCCCCCUGGUGGGAACCGGGCACCGCGAGUGGCUACCACAGUCUCACCAUGGGGUUUCUGGUCGGCAAACUGGUUCGCUGUAUCACUGGCACGACAAUGAAAGACUUCCUUGCUUCUCAAGUCGCUGGCCCUCUGGGCGCGGAUUUCCAAUUCGGUGCAAAAGAAGAAGACUGGCACCGAGUCUCUGAUGUCGUCCCACCACCACCGCCGCCGCCGCAGCCGGCAACUUCAACGGACACGGCGCAAGGGGAGGAAGCUCAAAAGUCCAUUUCCAUGAGAACCUUGGUGAACCCCAUGGUCGGAGCUACGAACGCCAACACUGAAAUGUGGCGGCGCGCCGAGUUGGGCGCGGCUAAUGGGCAUGGGAAUGCUAGAUCUGUGGCCAGGUUAUUGUCUCUCGUCACACUGGGCGGCAAAGAUCCGGCUUCCGGUCGUGAAUUCUUGUCCCGGGAGAUCAUCGACAGGAUCUUCGAACAGCAAUGUUACGGCACCGACCUGGUGGUGAAGCAAAAGAUCCGGUUUGGCAUAGGAUUCGGGCUGACAGGAGCGGAUACAGAGGUCCAUUGGUUGCCACGUGGAAGAGUGUGUUUCUGGGGUGGUUGGGGCGGAAGUAUAGGGGUUAUGGAUCUGGACCGUGGUAUCACCUUCGCCUACGUGAUGAAUAAGAUGGACAACGUCGGCCUAGGAAACCAGCGAACAAAGGCUUAUGUAAAAGCCAUCUAUGAUGCCCUUGAAAAGGCAUCAUGA